GGCGAAGAUGCGAAGGGAAACCGAGCAUCAGAUGAAGGUCCACUUGUUCUACCAGCAGCUCCUGAGCGAAUCUGUGUGGGGGCCACUGGACCUGCUCAGUCUGGUGGCAGCAAGCGUCUCGAACCCAUCUGACACAAUCUUCUGGAAGGCAGCCCUCUUGUUGCCAAGUGAUCAUGAAAGAGAUGCCAGUGUUGCUAACCAGAUUUUGACAGAAUGGCUGGAGUCCAAAUUCGGUAACUCGGAGAAGCAAGAACACAGGGAGAUGGUCCCCAACGGACACAUGCAAACCUUGAGCAUCAGCAGCGGCCUGCGGAGCGUGGGGGAGCGCAUGCACACAGUGCACGUGUGUGUGAAGGUGGCCCGCGGGCCCCUCAGCGAGGAAGGCCAGUUGGCAUUGGAGAAGCGGAAGGGGCUGAUGGGCAUGGGCGCCCUGCUGAUGCUGCUGCCCUCGGCAGUCAGUCCCGGGGCUGAUGAGGAAGACGGGGACAUCUUCCUGUUAUCCGCCCUGCUGCAGCUCCGGCAGAUCCAGCAGGCUAAUGCCUGGCCACAGGCCCUUCCUCUGGUGGUGGUGGUCCCAGGGCAGGCUGGGCACAGGGCCAGCGAUGAACGGCUAGAGGAAGACCUGAUGCUUCAGACACUCAUUGAGGAAGGUUUGAUUUCAGAGUACAUGUUCGUCCAUAUCCCCGAGACCACGAACGAACCCCAAGGAUCCGAGCAGAUCCGCCAUGCCGUCAGGUGGCUCGCUGCCCGCUCCACGGCACCAGCCCGGCUCGUCUCGCAGACGUUGGUGCAGGUUGUGGAGGCCGGGCUCUGCCGCGAGUUUGCUGGUAGGCUUCACCGUGAUCGGAGGGACCGUGACAUGGCGGGACUGCCCUCCCAGGGCCCUGCACCCGUCAUCGGCCUCUACAACACUGUCCUGGCUUUCUUGGCUGGCCUUGUGUCGUCCCCGAGUCUGGCUGGCCUCUCCUGGCCCGUGGCAGAGUUCUCGGUGCCAGGGGGUGGUGACUGCCUACCACAUCUGCUCUGGAACUCGGCUGAGCACCUGGAGUGGCUCCAGGGGGCAGUCCUGAGCCUGCGGCUGCCCGACUGGCCGCUGCCAGCCGUGGGGGCUCCUUGGAGCCAGCUGGUUGCCUCCAUCUUCCAGUACGUAUCUCAAAUCCCAUGGUCCCGCCACAGCCAGCCACUCCUUAUGUCCCAGUUGGAGAACCUUUUGGAGAGGCUGCGUCAGGACUGUGUGGGCCGAGGUGGGGGGCCGGACAAGGAGCCCACUUUCUGGGAGGUGCCCUGGGACGAAAUUGUCAUGCUCUGUGUAGAGCACCAACUCCGGGACUGGAACCCUCCUGGGUGCCCCGUGAGUGAAGAUGUCAUCAGUGACGACGGAGAAAUCUCGGUGUAUUUCCUGAGCGAUGGGCUGCAGGGCUUCAUACCGCCGUCCUGCUGGGUGGAUGCCGUAAAGCAGACGCACAGGGACAAGCAGCAGGGGAAGGCAGGGUGUCACCAGAGCAUGUGGCCUCAUCCUCGACUGGCCAGGCCACGUCUUCAACAGAAGCUGUUUCACAGCAUGGUUGAGGACCCUGAGUCCGGAUCCGGUGUUGCCCCUGUUUUGGAUGCUGCCUCCAGCCCCCAGGACCUCCUGGCUCGCAUUGAGGAGGAGAAAGAACAGAGCCGCAGGUUCGAGGACCAGCUGCGUACCUGGCUUGACGUCGAGUCCCUGGGCCCUUCCUCUUCCUCCUCACCACUUUUCUUGCCUUCUUCGUUACUGUCUGUACCGGAGAUCGUAGUGCCCUCCCCAAAGAUGGCUGCCCCACCUGCACUUGCCCUGCAGAAGGAGCGCAGUGUCCGCAGUGACCAGGCCAGGGGAGCUGCCAGUUCUAUGGGGAGGCGUCUACAGGAGCUGGAGCAGCUGAUCUCUGCAAGCCGGGAGGAGGAGCUCGCAUGUGAGCUGAAGCUAAGCUGCCUUCUGGACAUUGUUGAUGACUGAGUGUCAUGUGACCCACCUGAUGUCUGCCGUUGACUGCCACAAGUUGUCUCUCUUAUGCCUGAUUUCUGCAGUAUAUUUAGUUGUGUGGUACUUGUGCAUAUAUUGCUUUGAAGAGUAUGAUGUACAGUAAUUUACACAACAUUGGGAGUGUUGUAACUGGGGGAAAAACAUGUCAUAGGAAAUGGACAGUUUUUUAGGGUUUUUUUUUGUGCAAAUUUUAAAUAUUAAAAUGUUAUUGUAUUUAGAAACCCAUGGCUAUUUCUUUGUUUUUUUUCCAUCAUGAAACUUUGUUUAUUGUACUUUUAAAUUGAAUCACAAUUUGCUGCAGAAUCUUUAAAACCUGUGACGUUAUUUGCCCAUAUUAGACACUCAUACGUGGGGUUGUUACUGCUGUUUCUUUAACCUUGUGUAUUGUUGGUCAAAAUUAACAAUUUAGGUAAUAUCUGCAUUGUACACCAUUGCAAAAGUAUGUCUUUUUUUAGAUUCUUAAAGAAAUGUCAUGCAGCUCAAUUAUAUAUUCAUGUAAUUGAACUGAAGAUCACAGCAGUUCACUAAGCAGUCUGCCACUGAGUUCCUUUUAUAAACUGGCUGGCUGGUUUUUAAGAAAAUAUGCCCGUGGAUGCCCUACAGGUGGCAGCAGGGAGCCAUCUGCAUAUGUACAGACAGUCUGCUGGUUAAG